CCAGAUAUUACCUCAUGCCGCCCACAAGUUUGACAGUAUAAUUUCCAAAUCUGACGAGCCACCAGCUGAGUGAAUGCGGAUUAUUUGCGAACAGUAGUGCGGGACAAACACUAUCGGUUCGGAUUUCUGCACUCGUCCAAAUUCCGAAGCCGUCCGUCACUUCAGUUGAGCUGCCGCAUUUGUCACCACAUUGCUGACAAAGCAUUCGGCCGACGACCCGCGGCCGCGACAAAGGAAAAGAGCACUGUUCGCUGCAAGGUCCCGUCCACUGCAGUCGCCAUUGCCUUGACUGGAAGCAACUUGGACUUCUCAAACCAGGAACGACAAGCUUGAACGUAACUGUCAGGGCCAGUCCUGCAGUGGGUUUGUGUGAAUGGGAAUCUGCAGUGAUUUCGAGGUUUGAGCAAAGCCAAAACUUUUUACCGAAACACUUCCAGUCGGCAAUCAGUUGUCACCCAGUCCAGUCCCAUUGCAACUCCCUUGUCGACGGGACCGUCCAUCUCCGCCCACUUUUCCCACUUCCUCUGGAUCCGAUUACAUACUCCAACCAUACUAUACUAUUCCAUCUUUCGUCGGCCGCUUUGCUGAGUCAACUUACACAUCCAAGUUGCUUCCAACAGCCACACCACAUCGCACCACAGCAGCUCCACGCCUCCAGCUUUGAGCCUCGCUCCCAUCCACCCUCCCUUGCGACGCUAUUCAGAGGGCGCCGUUGCGUGUUACCGCACCAUCAUCCAGUCAGCAGACAAGCUGGUCGAGAUCUCCGGAAACCCUCACAGAACUUCACUGGGCACCUUUUCUCACACGGGACAGAUUUCUCAUCACUUGCUGGACUGGGUCCGAUAAUCGCUUCAACAAUUGGUCCAACUAUCUCAAACCUCGGCGCCACUUUUGAUCCUACCACUUGACCUGACCCCGUCAUCUUGAGGGUGUUUUCUGCAUCAAUCCCCAUAAGGCCAUCACCACAAUCUGCACAAACCGUAGAGAAAGUGUCCUGCGGUUACACCAAGUACCUGGCACAAAGGCACAAGAUAUCUGCCCACCUGUACCGCACGCAGUCUAUAGUCCCCGGUCUGCGGAGCGGGCCUGCUGUACCACUUGCGGACCUAGUAGUUCUGGUAAGCGUUACAGUCACAUAGAGAAGCAUGUCGACAAACCUCGAAAUGGAGCCGAGGGCUCGCGAUUCACCGGCUGAGCCUAUUCUAGCAAAUAACCACACCGACCAAGCCGCCUACCAAAUUCCAGCUUACCCAAAUCACCCAACUUCGCCUUCUGGCGGACAAGGAGGAAGUCGGACCUCGCCCAUAGCAGCAGCACCACCAGCUCUGCCCCAUGGAUACAAUCAUCAAACACCAACUGGCCCACACGAAGCACAUUUGCACCCGGAAUUACGAACUCACGAGUCCGGCCCCACAAACGGAUAUCAACCAGUGCCCGGAAUGAUGCCUGUUGGCGUCCCUCCCCAACCCGAGCAACAAGGUGCCAUGCCUGCCCCCAGUACGCCUGUUGGUGUAUCACAAAUGGGAAUCGUGAGCCCGGGCGAUAGCGCUGGUGAUGGUAGGAAGUCCAAACGAGAACUGUCACAGUCGAAGCGCGCUGCCCAAAACCGCGCCGCACAGAGAGCAUUCCGUCAACGAAAAGAAGGUUACAUCAAAAAGUUGGAGCAACAAGUCAGAGAUUACAGCGAGAUGGAGAUGAGCUUCAAGGCCCUGCAGAACGAAAAUUUCGCGUUGAGGGACUACAUUCUUCACCUGCAAAAUCGACUCAUUGACGUCCAGGGUGACUACCCACAACCUCCUCCGAACAUCAGCCUAGCAACCCCCCACACUCAGCAACUUCAGCAACAGCAACCGCCUCCACCACCCUCCGUACCUCACGGCAUUGCGCCUGAUCCAGUCCAAGCUGUACAGCAGGUUCCUCCCGCUACCAGUGCUCCGUCGGCAUCCUUAGAGGAAGCCGCGCAAGCCGUAGCCGGCCUGAGCCGAAGUGACCACCACAUGGGUGGAACUUCCCGGGAUCCCUAUAACACAGCGGUCUCGGCAGCAGCUGCUGCUGCCGCUGCGGCGGCGGCUGCGGCGGCAUCUCGCACAGAUGAUGACGCGAGGACGGCGGAGGUGAUUCAGAGGCAAUUGCAGGCGGAUAACAACUCAGGCAUGUCGGAUGGUCUCCCACUUCAGCAAGCAGCUAUAUAGGAAAAUGCUGGCACAGCAGAUUACUUGUUGGAAAGUACGGGUCUGCAAACCUCUGUCGAUGGCCCAUCUGUUGUUGAGCUGUGGUUCGGCGUUCUUAUACCGUCUAUUCUUUGGACCUUGGUUCUUGGCUUUGUCACUUUACCAUGGCGUUGCGGACUGAUCUCUAUAAUUCGAAGUCGUUACCUUUUACCUUUGGAUUGAUUCGGUGAUUUUUGGUGCAGAGUGGUCCUUGUGUCUUGCCGAUAGGAAACACGAGGCAAAUGACCUAUGUGUAAGUUGGGGCGGGAGAAAGGGCUGUGUGCUGGUGUGUGUGUUUUUGCGUGUGUAUAUGCUUUCUUUAAGUUCCCGCGUGAAUGACGAAGGAAGACCACGUGGGAGUAUACUAAACACCUUCAUCUGGUCGCAUUAAGAAUAAGUCUUCUUGAAUAACGAAGGUACAGGGAAUAGAUAAGAAUAAAAAUCAGAACCAAAGGAACCCAGCUGUACCCUUUCUCCUCAUCAUAUCGUGCUUUUAUAAACAUAUAUUUCA